AUGUUGUCGCGUAGCUGGCAGAUCCCCAAGGUGCCGCUGAGGAGCGCGGCGCGACAGGCGGCGUACGGCAGGCGUCACAUUUUCCAGAAGACGACGACGACGACGACGACGCGCGCAGCAGGGCCCAAUGCGUCGUCGAAAUGGCAGCAGUUCGUUUCCGUUGCUUCGAUUGCCGCUGCGGGUGCCAUGGUAGCCGGCGGAUUUGCCUACGCCAAUCUUGGGGAGAAAGUGCGCCUCGAUGCGUCCGAGUCUCCGGUGGAUAGGCCCAUUCUCGAUACCAGCCAUUGGCCUGAUAUCAAGUAUGCCUCCACGGAGCAGAUGAAGCAGGCAAUCGAAGAGAUACGUCGCGAACUGAACGACGACAACGUGGACAUCAUCUCCACCGACCCCGUCGACCUGCUCGCCCACGGAUACGCAGAGUGGUCGUCUGUCAAUGUCGACGUCCUCCCGGUCGCCGUGGCGUACCCUCGCAACACCGAGCAGGUGCAAGCCAUUGCCCGCAUCUGCACCAAGCACAGGGUACCCAUCGUGCCCUACAGCGGUGGCAGCAGCCUCGAGGGCAACACGGGUGCUCCCUUUGGCGGCGUCAGCCUGGACUUCUCCUACAUGGACAAGAUCCUGCGCUUCAGCCCCGAGGACAUGGAUGCCACCGUCCAGCCCGGGCUAGGCUGGGUGGACCUGAACGAGGAGCUCGCCAACCGAGGAGCCAAGCUGUUCUUUCCCGUCGACCCCUCCCCGAGUGCCAAGUUCGGAGGCAUGGUCGGCACCAACUGCUCGGGCACCAACGCUGUGCGCUACGGAACCAUGAGGGACUGGGUUCUCAACCUCACCGUCGUCCUUGCCGACGGCAGCAUCGUCAAGACGCGUCGUCGCCCGCGGAAAUGCAGCGCCGGCUACAACCUCAACGGUAUCAUCGUCGGUUCCGAGGGCACCCUCGGAAUCGUCACGGAGAUCACCAUCAAACUGGCCCCGGUGCCCGAGCACUUUUCUGUCGCUGUGGUGCCCUUUCCCAGCUUGAAGAGCGCCGUGUCGGCGGCUACGGCCGUCAUCCGCGGCGGCGUGCCCGUCACGGCCCUCGAGCUCAUGGAUGACGUGCAGAUGAAGGUGGUCAAUGACGUGGGCUCGACCCUGCCCAAGGUGUGGAAGGAGGCGCCGACUCUCUUCUUCAAGUUCUCGGGAACAAAGGGCAUCGUCCAGGACAACAUCGAGACUGUGAAGAAGAUCGUCGCGGAAUUCGAGCCGGGAGAUUUCGAGUGGGCGACUGAUCCGGAGGACCAGGCAACCCUGUGGUCUGCGCGGAAGGAGUCCCUUUUCUCCUUCAUGUCUCUGCGAAAGGAGGGAGAGCAGAUCUGGGUCACCGACGUUGCCGUUCCGCUGAGCCGACUGGCCGACCUCGUCGAUGCUAGCAAGAAGGAAGCCCAGGCUUCUGGCUUGAAGGCGACGGUCAAGGGUCACGUCGGUGACAGCAAUUUCCACGAGAACAUUUGCUACAACGCCACCGAUCCGAACGAGGUGGCCAAGGCCGAGAAGCUGGUCAAGAAUAUGGUCCGUCGUGCCAUCGAGAUGGAGGGCACCUGCACGGGCGAGCAUGCCAUCGGUUUCGGCAAGAAGGAUGGUCUCCGCCAGGAGGUGGGCGAGGACACCGUCACCGUCAUGAAACUGUUCAAAAACACUCUGGACCCUCACUGGAUUCUAAACCCCGGAAAGAUCUUUGACCGACAACGCAACGAUUAA